AUGGCCACGGGAGUCCGGGCGAUGGCAACGGCAAUGCGCGGAUUGGAAGCGGCGAUGCGAGCGAUGGCGAUAAAUCGUCUUUCUCGCUCGUCAGCGGUCUACCCACACACUCCAAGGCAGCCAGGUAUCAAGUUCAUCAGGACGAGCCUCUAUUGCCUGGCUGUGGUUGCGCUGCUCAUAGCCAUGCUUUCGAUCACACUCCAGGAGAGGGAAGAAGAAGAGAAGCCGUUUAGAGUGCUCGUAAUUGGGGCGAGCGGUUUCUUGGGCUAUAAAUUGUCCCUCGGCUUGUUGGCCAACACUCGGCCAAAGAUAGAGGUGGUGGGAAUCGAUGCCGAGCGCAACGAGCGAGCACAGCUGCUGGAGAGUGCUGGAAUGCACAUCCUGUAUGGGAAUGUGACUAAGUGGGCUCUCGCCACCAGCGUCCGAACCGGUUCUACAUCCCUUCUUCUCUAUCCGGUGAGCUACUUGCUGCAGCCAAGUCUGUCCUGUUACCGUUUUCUGUGGUGGAGUGGCGAUUUAGUACAGUCUACGGAGAGUUUGGACGAACCGAUUACCCGUAUUACAAAUUCGUGGAGGAUAUCACCAGUGGCCAGGAAGGCAGAACUACAUUUACAUCGACGAUGCAGUGGCGGUUAUGAUCAAGAUGAUUCUCGACUUCACACAUGUCGUUGGUGCUGUUACCGUCGUGGACAUCGGCACUCCAACGCCAGCUUUAUCGUUCAAGGACGUAAUUCGAGUGGUGGCCAAAAUCUCGGGGAAGAAGCAAAACUCGUCGAGGUUGAGGAUGCAAAUCCACCGCCGUGGGAGGUAGAGUAUGUACCUCCUUCACACCUCUACGCACUUGGAAAGUUCACUUCUUUCCAGUCUGGAAUGGCGCGUUUCAUCGACUGGUACGAGCAGAAGAAGAGUAUGAUCGCUAGGAACGAAGUCAAUGACCAUACGUAGCUGAUGACUAAACAAGUAAGUUUUGUUCUUGAGCAGCUCCUGCCAUUGCAGGAAUAGAAUCGAGCCUGAAGGCUUAUUUGCC